GCCUGCGCAGGAUUAAAUGGCAUGCAGCUUGGAGACAAAAAGCUCAUUGUACAGAGGGCCAGUGUUGGGGCCAAGAAUGCACAACAGCAAGCACCUGUGCAGCUACAAGUACCUGGCUUGAACCUGAACCAAGGAGCAGGCCCAGCCACAGAGGUGCUUUGUUUGAUGAACAUGAUAACGCCAGAAGAAUUAGAGGAUGAAGACGAGUAUGAAGACAUUGUUGAAGAUGUGAAGGAAGAAUGUGGCAAGUAUGGAGUUGUUGUCAGCUUGGAGAUACCGAGACCAAUCAGAGGGGUGGAAGUUCCAGGUUUGGGCAAAAUAUUUGUGGAGUUCACUUCAAUCAUAGAAUGUCAGAGAGCUCAAGCUGCCUUGACUGGUCGCAAGUUUUCUAAUCGUGUUGUUGUUACCUCAUAUUAUGAUCCAGAUCGUUACCAUCGUCGUGAAUUUUAGAAAUCCCUUGAAAAAUAAAAUUUUGGUAAGACCUGUCUAAAUGUUUUGCUUUGACGUCCAGCUUUGCAUAACAUUUCAUUAUAUUGUCAUGGAAGUUAAAAGUAUAAAAUAUUUUAGAAACACAAUACAGUAUUGUUUAUUUUAAAGUAUCCAUUUUCUCAAGGCAUUCAAUGUCCAGUGAUUUACUUUCGCUUAGAUUGCACUGAGGCUUUGCUAAUAAUUUUCUUGGAAAUCUUUCGGAACAAUUUGUUGUUCCUCACAAGUUUGAUGUCAGGCCUCUUAUGGUCUCCUUUUUUGUUGUCAGUUAUUGUUUGAUAAUGUGGAUAUUAAAAUUUAAAACACCUGCAGUGGUUUUUGACUCUUGUUUGCUCAGUCACCUUUAACUUCUUGAGGUUAAAAAGAGGUCAGGGAAGGAGGGUUGGCAAAAAUUAUUUUUUUUUUUUACUGCUUAAAUGUUUGUUUGGUGCUCAAAGCUUUGGGUUCUGUCGGGGGGGGGGGGGGGGGGGUUGCUUUCCUCUGCUAAUGAUCUAUCUUAUUCUUGGUGUUCAUUCUAUUUUGUCAUGCAGUCUCUCUCAUUGUUAUGCAGCUAUUGUAGCGUCGGUUUUGUUCGAGAUUGCAGAGCAGAAUGGUUGUGCCCUUGUUGGUGUAUUCUUGUUGUACCUGUUGCACAACACAAAAUGAUUGUUACACUGGCACCGUUGGAAGAUCUGUUAUUGUGCAAACAUUGGUGAGAUUUACAAGGGGGAAGUCACAGAAAAUAGUUUGAAUGUUUUUAAAAAUUAAUUGUGUAUUUGUGCUUUGAUGAAAUCAAAAUUGCUCCCAAUGUGGACAACUGGGUUGACCUUUCUUCUAGUAGAGCUUGUGCGAGAUGCCCAUAUGACAGCUUAUAAUAUAUGUAAUAGCAGCUUCAUAUAGAUGAUUUUACAUUCUCGUAAAUUUAUUGAAAUCUUUUAUCUGGUGUAGAUUUGCUCAUGUCUUUCCUCUGUCAGGCCUAUUGACCUGUUGUGUAAGCUUUUUGUGUUCAUUUUGUCUGCAUAUUGGUACUGACUUCUGUUCUCUCAUGCAAUAGGGCAUAAAAAGUGGCAUUUCUGUGGAUCUUACGCAUAAAUGCCCAGAGCAAACACUUUUUUAGUCACUUUAGAGGUCCACCGAAAAACUUGAUAUCUGGCAGUAGUUGAACUUGUCCAAAGUUUUGAACAGGAGUAUUCAAAUUAGUCCAUGGAGUCUUAGAAUUCUGACUUCACCAAUGUUUAUGGAAAAGUAGUGUUCUAAAAAAGUUCUUAUGGUCUUGGUUUUUGUUUUAGGAUAACAUGAGAGAAAGUAUUGUCCAGUGCUUUUAAGCGGUUGUAAAUUUAGACUUGAAGAUAGGAAUGGCAAUAUAAGAAUUAUAAACAUCAAGUUGUAUUUUAUGAUUAUUGAUGUACUGGUCUUCAAAUUUUGCAGGCUAUCAAAUGUUUGGAUGUUGGAAGGGGAGUGUUUUAAGAACAGAAUAAACUGUAUGUGACCAAGAUUUGAAA